AUGACGCGCAAGAUCAAUGAUCUAACAGACCGAAGAUUGUUGUGCUUGAGCUACUGCUCUAAAUUAAAUUCGGAUUUAUCGCUUAUGGAAACUGGGUACGGUUUGGCGAUAGGGCGAUUGACUGAUGUACAACUUGAUGGAAUCAUGGCAGUCGGCGAUGUCGUCCAUAAAACGAUCUAG